UCCCAGAGUAGGGAAGACCAAAACUAGAGGGGAAAGAUUUAAAAGGGCCUAAGGGGCAACUUUUUCAUGCAGAUGGUGGUGCGCGUAUGGAAUGAGCUGCCAGAGGAGGUGACGGCUGGUAGAACACUUAAAAGGCAUCUGGAUGGGUAUAUGAAUAAGAAGGGUUUAGAGGGAUAUGGGCCAAAUGUUGGUAAAUUUGACUGGAUCAGACUAAGAUAGGUGGCUGACUCGGACAGAAGAAUCUGUUUCCACGCUGUGCAACUCUGGCUGUAAACACCGGCCAACCAGGCAGGGAAGCUUUUCUGAUGAAGGGUCUAGGCCCGAAACGUCAGCCUCUCGGCUCCUAUGAUGCUACUUGGCCUGCUGUGUUCAUCCAGCCCUGCACCUUGUUGUCAGGGAAGUAUGUGGGCCGCCCAGAAACAACAGGCGGACUGUGGCUGCGCCAAGGAUCAAGAUCGCUUCUGGUCACGUGCUCCGCCCAUGAGCCAAUGAAGUGUUGAGCUGCGCGAUGCGUCACGGUGACGUGUGAAGGACGCCUUAAGGAGGUCGGCGUCUCGAGCUGCCACUGCCGCCGCCGCCAUCUUAUAGAGAGUCAGCUCGUAACGGCCAUGUACCCGAGCUCGCUGCUCGCCCUAUCCGGGGGAAACCCCUUCAGUGCUCCCCGCUUCCAACUCCUCACAGAGCCCGCCUUCCCACAUCCACACGCCGCUAGCAAGGCCUCGCUGCCCAGUGAACGCGUCGCCCCUCGCCGGCGCUUGGCCGCCGCUGCCGUCAAAGAGGAGUACAGCUGCGAGUAUGGCUCCGCCAAGUUUUAUGCUUUAUGUGGAUUUGGAGGUGUCUUGAGCUGUGGGCUAACACACACUGCUGUGGUGCCCUUGGAUCUGGUGAAGUGUCGCAUUCAGGUGGAUCCUGGAAAAUACCAGAGCAUCUUCAAAGGAUUUUCUGUCACUCUGAAAGAAGAUGGUGUUCGUGGUCUGGGAAAAGGAUGGGCUCCAACAUUCAUUGGCUAUUCAAUGCAAGGCCUAUGUAAAUUUGGUUUCUAUGAAGUUUUCAAGAACAUAUAUGGUGACAUACUGGGUGAAGAAAAUGCUUAUCUCUGGCGUACAUCUUUAUAUCUUGCUGCAUCUGCCAGUGCUGAGUUCUUUGCUGAUAUUGCACUUGCUCCAAUGGAGGCUUGUAAGGUCCGUAUUCAGACCCAGCCUGGUUACGCCAACACUCUGAGAGAAGUUCUUCCUAAAAUGUAUGCUGAAGAAGGCCUGUGGGCAUUUUACAAAGGUGUUUCCCCUCUGUGGAUGAGACAGAUUCCCUACACAAUGAUGAAAUUUGCUUGCUUUGAGCGCACAGUUGAAGCACUAUAUAAAUAUGUGGUGCCUAAACCUCGUGACAGUUGUACCAAAGCUGAGCAGUUGGUGGUGACAUUUAUUGCUGGCUAUAUUGCUGGUGUUUUUUGUGCUAUUGUGUCUCACCCUGCUGACUCCGUGGUGUCAGUUUUGAACAAGGAAAAGGGUAGCAGUGCAUUCCAGGUUCUGAAAAGGCUUGGACCCAUAGGAGUGUGGAAAGGACUCGUUGCUCGUAUUAUCAUGAUUGGCACUCUGACGGCUCUACAGUGGUUUAUCUAUGACUCUGUUAAGGUCUACUUCAGACUUCCUCGUCCACCUCCCCCUGAGAUGCCAGCAUCACUGAAAAAGAAGCUUGGGUUGCAGUAAAAAUGGGUGGACUUAAUUUGUUGUCCUGGCUAAGCCAGAUAUGUCGCAUCAGAAGACAUGUAAAAGAGCUAUUUAAUACUGAAAAUAUCAUGUCUGUAAUGUCCUGUUGAUGAAGCACGGCAGUGAGUGCAGAGUAUACAUCAACACCAAUUCUGAAUAAAGAACAGUGACCCACGUU